AUGAAACGGAAAUCAGGAAAUGAAAAUAUAGUACCUCAAGGGUCGAGCGAAAGCAUUGAGAAUUUUGGGGGUAAAGGGAAUAAGGGUAAAGAUGAAAAUAAUAACAAAAAAGGGAAAGGACAUAGUAUUACAGAAGUAUAUAAGAACAAGCUAAAGUUUAUACGUGAUAAUAUUAUUUUGAUAAGUAUUAUAUUAUCAUUCCUUGUACUUAUAUCUUUUAAAUAUUUAGAAGAAAAAUAUUCAAUUGAAUCCUACUUAGAGGAAGGAGAUAGUUUUGAUUAUUAUGAAAUAUUGAAAUGUAAAAAAGGUGAUAAUAUACAAAAAAUAAAAAAAAAUUAUCGUGAUUUAUCAAAAAAAUACCAUCCUGAUAGUAAUAAAAAUUGUAAAGACUGUGAUCAGAAGUUCCGAGAUAUAACAAAAGCAUAUAAAACUUUAUCCGAUUCUCGAUUAAAACAAGCUUAUGAUAAUUCAAGAGGAAAAGUUUUAAAAUUAAUUGAGUCAAAUAGUAUAAAUUUAAAUUGGAAAAACUAUACAGAUUUAGUUGAAAACUCAAAUAAAUAUUGGAUAAUACAAGUUUAUUCAGAUACUGAUAGUUUAUCAUUAAGUUUUUCAAAAAUAUGGGAAGAAGCUUUUGAUAAAUAUCAUGAAUAUAUAUCAUUUGGUAGAAUAAAUUCAUUGACUGAUAAAAAAUUAAUAAAUAACAAAGUUCCAUUUAAUGUUAAAAUAUAUCCAACAAUAUACAUUUUAGCACCUGAUGGUUCUUAUCAAAUUUAUUCAAAUAUAUAUAAUGCUAGUAUUAAAGAUUUUCAAAACUUUAUAACUAGUUAUUACCCAAGUUAUAUAUAUGAUAUAAAAUCACUUAACAAAGCAUAUGAUUAUCGUAAAAAUUUUGUGGAAAUAAAAAAGAAGGGGGAUAAUGGUGCUAUAACUAGUACUUAUAUAGAUAAAAAUAAUAUGGUAGUUUUAUUGAGCAAUAAAACAAAACAGAGUUUACCCGUAAAGCAAAUAGCCUUUGAAUUUAAUAAUAUAUAUAAUACUUAUUCGAUAAAAUAUGAUGAAAUAAAAAAUAUUUCAAAUGAAGGAUUAAAGGAAGAAAUUGUAAAUUCUUUAAAAAAAUUAAGUAUAAAAAAAGAAGAAUAUAUAGCAGAAAAUAAAAAGAUUGAUUAUUUUUUACUAGUAAAUAGUAAUAGCAAAGUGAAAACAAUUAGACGUAUAUCUUCAAGUAAUAUUAAACAUGUAUAUACAGAUGCAUUACGAAAUAGUAUCAUUGAAAUAAAUUCUAUAAAUGUUGAUUCAGUUUGCUCAACUGUUGGAUCUAGACACACUUAUUGUUAUGCUAUUAUAAUUGAUCAGAUAAAUAAUGAACAUAAUAUAAAUUAUUUAAAACAAAUAUAUAAAAAUAUAAAUAGUUCAUACACGCAUUAUAUUUCAAAAUUAGGAAGUGAAGGUUCAGAGGGGCAAUUGUUUAUCCAACCUGUAUAUAUAUUAAGAAAAAAUGUGACAGGAGCUUUUUUAAAAUUUAUUAGAGAUUCGAAAAUUAAUAUGUAUGAUGCAUUUUUAUUAGAUUAUUCUGCAAAUUCAUAUGCUCUUAUUAACGAAAUAAAAAAUUUGAGUAACUAUUCACAAGAUAAAAAUGAUAUAUCAUUUCUUUCAAAUAUUUAUAAAGAUAUUGAAAUUUUAAAUUUUGAAAAAAUUCCUAAUCAUUUUCAACCUAUUAAUGUGAACUGUUUUUAUAAUACUAAAAAAACAUUUUCAUAUAAACUUUAUUAUUUGUUUAGAAAAUUUUCAAAGGGGCAAAUUAUUUUAUCAUCAUUAAUAGGUUUAAUAUUAUAUCCCAAUUUUAAGAAAUAUGGAAAAAUGAAAUAUUUAUAUUUGUCUUCAAUUUUUAGUGCAACACUUUUACUUACAAGCAUAACAGAUAUUUUUAUGUUAUUUAAUUAG